AUGUCGAUUUCUACUGCUACAGACGAUCGUACUGAAGGGGACGACGACACAUCACAAGGGAGCCAACCAAAAGAUGACAGUAGUGACUCUGAAAAUGACAAUGAGCCCCAAAGCCAAAAUGGUGGUUCCCCAAGUCCUGAGGUUCAUGAGAUUACAAGUGAUGAAGAAGAUUGUGUAGUGACUAAUGAUGAUGAUUCAUCAAGUUCUAGUACUGACUCCAAUGACAGUUCAGAAGAAUCACAGCAGAGUUCUAAAGAUAGAGAUGAAGAAAAGAAGAAAGAUGUGGAAAAUCUGGAGAAUGGUGGUGAUGAAUCUGACAUUGAAGAGGUAUCUGCUGAGGAUCCUCUUAACCAAGCCCAGAAAACUAAGCCCAUAGUGAUCAGUGACACUAAAAGUUUAGCUAAUCUUACAAAACAAAGUAAAUCCAGUGAAGGUGAUCAAAAUAAGGAGCCAACAGUUGUCAUAAUAGACACAAAUUCAAUUUUAUCAGGUAAAUCUGUAUCUACACCAGUACAAAACAAAACUACCACAAGUAGUUUUGAUGCUCACAAUUUGUGUCAAAGCAUUGCUGCUAGAGGUACCACAAUUACUCCAGUAAGUAGCAAGACAAGUACUGCUGCAAAAAAUAAUCUUCCACCCAUACCUCAACCUAAUAUCUUACCUUCUUUGACUGAUGACAUGUUUGUGGUAGAAGCACCUUCUUUCAUUGUCCCUUAUGUUUAUGAGAAGCCUUCUGUAAAACCUUUCAGGGAGUUUGUUGAUAAGCUUGGAAAACAGUUAGAUGAGGUAAAAUUAAAGGAAGAUCAAGAGAAGCAGCAGAAAGAUGUGGAAAAAAAGGAAAAGAACAAACUAGACAUAACUGAAGGAAAGGAAGAAAUGGAGGAUGAUGGUGAUAGUGCUGAUAGCACCAUAAAAGAUGUUGAAGAACCAGUUAAAGUAAAGAAACAAGAGAAAAAGAAGCGAAGAAGAGGAAACAUGGAUGAUGAUGAUUCUUGGGAUGGCGAGUCUUCAAGUGACUCCGAUGAAGAUGCAAUGUCUGAUGAUGAUACUAUUGUUAUAAAAGAUAAAGAUGAUGGAGAAAUGAAGGAUCCUAUUAGUAUAAUGACAAAAGACCAAGGCCUUGAGAGGCAUUUGCUAGGUUCUCAUGGGCUAGUGACCAGUUCCAUGCAGGAAGCUGCAAAUAAGGGGAAAGAUGCUGGAAGAUGUCCCGUUUGUGGUAGAGUCUAUCAGUGGAAGUUACUAAAUCAUGUGUCAAGAGACCACAACAUGCCACUUAAACCAGCACACCUCUCAUACAAGUGCACCGUUUGUACUGCAACAUUUGGAAUGUACAAACAGUUCGAAAAUCAUGUAUACUCUGCUCACAGCGUGGUUGCUAAACGGGUUAUGGAUAAGAAUAAGGCCACUGGUACUCCAAUCAAGCCCGAUAGUGAUUCAUUGCUCAAACCAUUAAAGAUCAGUGAUGAGAUAACAAUUAUACCACAACCGAAAUCAAAUGUGACUAUUACUGCAAAAGGCAAA